AUCUCAUUGCGAGUAGCUGCGUGUCGUGUAACCGAGUAGUAGGCUCUAACCUCUUUAGUCUUUACCAUUGACACACACCACAUCCUUAAGAAAACCCUAAUUACAGUAGUAUCUCUAUCCCCUCGCAUUCGAUAGCAAUCGCUUCCCGAAGCUUCCAAUAUACUAUUCUCUUGUUCCUUCUCAUUGUUGUCUCUCGAUUUCAAUUUUCCUAUCUUACGUUUCUUUUAAAUCACCACCAGUAUACAUUUUUUUUUUUUUUUUUGUCGUUUCUGGGUUUGGGGAACCCUAUCUAUCUUCCAUCGCUUUCAAAAUCGCCGUCCAUCAGAGUAUUUUAGUUGGUCCCGUUUCAACGAAUUUGUAUAAAAAGAUCAAUCCUUUUUGUAGAAAUUAGCGACGAUUCAUCAUUUUUCUUCUUCUUCUUCUUCUUCUUCUUAUCCCAUCCUUCAUCACCUUUAACUUACUCGAUUCAUCAAUACUCUCAGCUGAAAUUUUGGGAAAUUUUGAUCCUUGGGUUUGAUCAGAAGACUAUAGUGGGUUGAAAGAGGAAAAGAAAGAAGAAGAAGAAGAUGGUUGGUGGUGGAAACAGGAGAGACGAAGGAUCGAUGCCGAUUCAGAACACCAACUUGUUUGCUGCGUUGGAUACUUCAAGGAAGAAGAAGAAGUCGGGUAAGUCGAGCAAAGGUUCCUCUAAGUCUCGACAAGAUCCACCAAAGGAGCCUGAGCCACAGGUCUACUGGGCACCUACUCCUCUCAAAGCCAAAGCUUGGGCUGAUAUCGAUAGCGAUGAUGAAGAUGACGACUAUUACGCUACCACUGCUCCACCUCAGUCCCUGUUUAGCACUUCUGAAGCCUCCCAUUCCGAUGCCAAAGACGUUCACGUUGAGGAAAGUGAAAGCGAAGAAGACAUUCUUGAUGAAGGAGAUGAUGAUGAUGUGGAGGAAGAACUAGGAACAGAGACCCAACAAGUUCAUCCAGAAGCAGAGGCUGAGGUGAAAAAGGCUCCUGAAGGUCCUGCACCUCCUAAGGAGCCAGAGAGGCAACUUUCCAAGAAAGAGAGGAAAAAGAAGGAACUUGCUGAGCUUGAGGCUUUGUUAGCAGAUUUUGGAGUUGCAGCCAAAGAUGAGAAUGGUCAAGAAGACUCUCAAGAAAAGCAAGGGAAGAAAGAAGUCAAUGAUGAGGGAGAGAAGAAGGAGAAUGCAACUGGAGAAUCGAAGGCCUCAAAGAAGAAGAAAAAGAAGGAGAAACAGAAGGAGGCGAAAGAAUCUCAGAGUGAAGUGAAGAGUAACUCGGAUGCUGCAAGUGAGUCUGCUGAGCAGGAGGAGUCUUCUUCAUCGAUUGAUGUCAAAGAACAGCUAAAGAAGUUAGCAUCGAUGAAGAAGAAGAAAUCAAGCAAAGAUGGGGAUGGUUGUGCAACAGCUGCUGCAAAGGAAGCAGCAGCGAGGAAGGCAAAGUUGGCCGCCGCGAAGAAAAAAGAAAAGAAAAACUACAAUCAGCAACCGAUGAGGUGAAGAAAUCAUCAAAAUCCACCCACCGUUUUGAUAUGAACAUGUGUUUGACGGGUUUUGUUCAUAUGAGACUUUGCCUUGAACAAAUCUUUUGAUGGGGGAAUCUGGUUGGCCCGUAUUUUUAGAAUUAUGACUUGGAUGGAUCUUUUUAAUCGUAUCACACACAGUGAAACAUGAAAUGAAAAGCUUUCUCUUUUGAAUUC